CAUCACAGGAGAGUGGUGCUUGGUCUUGGAGGGUGAAGUGUGACGUCAGCGUUGUGGCCCUGCCGUGUUCAAGAACCAUUUCAGCGUGUCGGCACUUCAUAGUAUCUCCCCGUCUCCAGGCAACCCGAUCACGCUGCUGCGGCUGCGUCAUUUCCCGUGGAGUUGUGGACAGGAGCCCAAAUUGACAGAGAGAGAGAGAGAGAGAGAGAGAGAGAGAGAGAGAGAGAGAGAGAGAGAGAGAGAGAGAGAGAGAGAGAGAGAGAGAGAGAGAGAGAGAGAGAGAGAGAGAGAGAGAGAGAGAGAGAGAGAGAGAGAGAGAGAGAAGCGAAAUCUACAGCUGAUACACUAACAAACUCUGGAAAUACGCGCUGACUGCCGAGGAGAGAGGACCAAUGCAGCGAUGCCCGGCGUCCCUUCUCUUGCAUUGCAGCUAUCUGACAGGCAGCAGGAUGUUUUGAGGGGUCAGUGAACACGGCGUGUCAGAGCACGCACUGUGUCUGUGAAGUGCCAUGGAACCCGGUCCCUUUCGAUUGCAUCUGCAUUGUAAUUAGCUACUAUUCCGUCUGAUCCUGAGGAAAAAGUUUCAUUUGAACUGUCCUGAGGAAGGAUGAUAAAAUCAGCACGCGAGUGGUAAUAACGCGAUGGAGAGCGACACGGCGUGCAGCUGUCGAUGCGUUGUCUGUGUACGCACAGUCGGAUUGACAGCUUUGCAGGACUGAGUCACAGCACACAGGUAGGAGGCAAGGUGCCACAACCUUUCCUGUCGGGGUUCUGCUGUUAUGAAACGCUCUUCGUGGCUCGCGAGUGCUUUAGGAGCUAAAACUGUCUUUUAAUUCGCUAUCUCUGUAUACUAUGCAAACUGUCGGCUCGAUUCGCCGAUCCUAGACGGGAACGAUGUGUCUGGCGUGUGAUUAGUUCGGUGUGGUCUAGGGAUUCGUGUGCCUGUACAAACAUGGAUAACGCCAGCGCCAGCCACGACUUCAGAUGCGAUCGCCGGGUCUGAAAGUAACGGGGAACUUUACAAAACACGUGUUAUUCUGUUCAUCUGCGCACGAUACAGUUCUAGGAUGAGCACGGAUCUGGAACGCAUGUCUCUGAAUUCAUCCUCGGCCAACUCCGUGGGCUCCGGUGGGCGAACGCUUUCAGCCAACGUGAGGAAGCUGCACAAUGCCCUCAACCUGUUACUGAACGACUUGGAGCGGGAGCAGUUCAUCCACUGCCUGAACGUCUACCACUCCAAAAGAAACGUGUUCGACCUGGUCCAAACUCUGAAAGUCAUACUCAGCACGCCGAGCAAGCGGCAGCUCCUUCCCAUGCUGCGGCUGGUUAUCCCCAGGUCGGAUCAGCUCCUGUUUGAUCAGUACACCUCGGAAGGCCUCUACCUGAAAUCCGAUCUUCUAGCUAGUAACGGGAACCCCGUGGCUGCAGAUAGCCCAGGGAAAGCGAUGCCUUUGCCCGGCAAUGCUAACGCGCUGCCCGGUCAUUUCCAGCCUCCCCCUCUACAGCACCGUCCGUCCUCGGACAGUUUCAGCACCACCAGCGAGGGGACAGUUCAGCCGACUCCUUUUCCAGGGCGAGCGGCGUUUCAAGAGACCCCCAGCGAUAUCAGACAGGUGUCGCUCAAACGAAGUAAGAACAAAGAAGGACUCGGGUUCAGCAUCCGCGGCGGUUCGGAGCACGGAGUGGGCAUUUAUGUGUCGCUGGUGGAGCCGGGAUCGCUGGCCGAGAAAGAGGGUCUCAGGGUCGGCGAUCAGAUCCUGAGAGUGAACGACAAAGUGUUUGAUCGAGUCACACACGCAGAGGCGGUGAAGGUUCUCAAGGGCUCUAAGAAGCUGUCUCUGUCAGUGAGCUCCGCGGGGCGGAUCCCUGGCGGCUACGUGACCAAUCACGUGUACACAUGGGUGGACCCCCAGGGCCGCAGCGUGUCCCCGCCCCCUGACCUGACCGAGCACAGCAGCGCCACCUUGAGGCGGAAAGACGGCGAGCGGCGGAGCAACCUGCAGCUACUUCAGGAGGGGGACGAGAAGAAGGUGAACGUGGUGCUGGAUGAUGGCCGCUCGCUGGGGUUGAUGAUUCGGGGCGGGGCUGAGUACGCUCUGGGGAUCUACAUCACCGGAGUGGACCGGGGCUCUGCGUCCGAGAGUGGGGGGCUCAAGGUGGGAGAUCAGAUCCUAGAGGUGAACGGGUACAGUUUCCUCAGCGUGCCUCAUGAUGAGGCAGUGAGGAUCCUCAAGUCCUCUCGGCACCUCAUGAUGACCAUCAAGGACGUGGGCCGCCUGCCGCACGCCAGGACAGUGGUGGACGAGACCAAGUGGAUCACCGGCUCUCAGAUCGCAGAGAGCGCCACCACGGGCAGCAUCGCUGGGUUGUCUGAUCAGGCUGCUCCCGCUGCUGGGAAGCCGGUGUUCUAUAAGGGCGUGGCCGGCUCCCAGGUGAUGCUGUCCAGUCUGAUCAGCCAAUCACGCGCCAUGCUGGAGGAGCAGGCGCGGCACCUGCUGAACGAGCAGGAGAGGCAGACCAUGGUGUACUACCUGGACGAGUACAAGGAGGGACACAUCGGCAUCCAGGCCCUCGUCAUGGCCCUGUUAGAGCUGCUCAACACACACGCCAAGUUCUCUCUGCUGUCGGAGGUGCGGGGGCUGAUCACUCCCCAGGAUCUGGAGCGCUUUGACAGCCUGGUUCUGAAGAGGGAGAUCGAGUCCAUGAAGGCGCGGCAGAACUCGGGCACGGUGCUGGGCACAGACUCCUACUCCAUGGUGUCAUACGCUGACACACUCACAUCCACUGGGAGCUACUUCACCUCCACCACACUCAGCUCUGCGCGGGAACGCUUGCUGUGGCUCAUAGACUUGAUGGAGAAUGAGAGCACGCUCGAUGGGUCCAGCGAAUGCCUGCAGGAGAAUGCCGACAGUCUGCCUGACAUCUCUCUGGAUGAAGUCCAGUCUCUGGCGGGCCACCCUCCUCCCUUCAAGCCUCCGCCUCCCCCAGUGGUCAGUUCAGGGGGUCUGCAGCGGCGUCCGAGCCGGAGAGAGCAGCCCAAGCGGUCAUCGUCCGAGUUCUCCCAGUCAGGCCUCUUCUUCACCGCUCCCCACACCGCCACAGCGGACAGCGAGGCAGCGUCCAGCGAGGCAGCGUCCAGCGAGGCAGUGUCCAGCGAGCAAACCUCCCUCUCCACCUCCCCAGCCCCAGCCGUCAGCAAAGCAGAGGUGACCGCCCACCUCUCGUUGGUCAACCACCACCCCAUCGGCCCCUUCCCCCGAGUCAAGUCCCCGACCCGAGCUAAAUCCCCUGAGCCCUCCUUCUCUCCCAGCCCCCCUCCUCCCCCUUCUCACCCUGCCCCAGCCCCACCCAGUCCGGACAAGCCCCUCCCCCAGCCCUCCCCCUCCUCCUCGGCCUCCAAUCAGCACUUUGUCAUGGUGGAGGUGCACCGCCCCAACAGCGAGCCCGACGUCAAUGAAGUGAAGCCGCUGCCCCAAGCCAGAGCGGCUCUCUCGCUCCUCCCCCCAGCCUCCACUCUGUGCCAGCUCUCAGACAGUGGACAGACGCUGAGCGAGGACAGCGGGGUGGACAUUGCGGACACAGGGGGCAACAGCAAGGACAGCAGCCCCCUCCCAGCCAAGAGCUGGGGCAGCAAGGACAGCGCAGGGGGCGAGGGCAGGACAGAGUCAGCUCCUAAACCGCCCGGUCUCUUGGAGCCCACUUCCUCACUGGUGAGGGUGAUGAAGAGCGCCACCACGCUGGGCAUCGCCAUCGAGGGAGGGGCCAACACACGCCAGCCCCUGCCCCGCAUCGUCACCAUACAGAGGGGCGGGUCGGCGCACAACUGCGGCAAGCUGAAAGUGGGUCACGUGAUCCUGGAGGUGAACGGCGCCACGCUCCGAGGGAAGGAGCACAAGGACGCGGCGCGGAUGAUCGCCGAAGCGUUCAAAACCAAAGAGAAAGACUAUAUCGAUUUCCUGGUGACCGAGUUCAACGUGUUGCUUUAGCAGACAGAGAGGUGAACUUGAACCAAGAACUGCCGUGCGCAUUGACAUGCGCAUCCUCAUCCAGAAUACACGACUAUAACACAGGGUGUACAGAACCGGCUUAUAUAAAGACAGCGAAUUCAGGGUUCAUGCACACAUACAAUUAUUAUAGAUACAGGAAGCAUGCUGCUCUCUGAGAGACAGGCUGUCGCUAUCUAUAUAAAACUGUAUAUAAAAGUGAAAUGCCAUUGAAUUGCCUUGUGUCAUCAGUGAGCUGCUAUCAUCACCGCUGUCAGCUUUAUUACUGAAGGUCCUCUUUUGAGUUUGGCACUGACGUCUCAUUACAGGAAGUACGCAUUUUAAAUAGAUCCCCGUCACGAGAGAGUGAGUACUGACCGCUAAUUGAGAAGUAUUAUGAAUUGGAAAAUUCGAACCCUAGUCUGUAGACUCUUCAAAGCCUUCUCUGACACAGCUUCAGAAGCACACUGGUCUGGUUUGGUGUGCCUGAGGGAGGGAGGGAGGCUGUCUGGAGCACAGGGAGGCUGUUAAGCUCACAUGCUGCAGCUGCUGCACAUUUCCUCAAGCCAGGAUGAAAAGUAAAUCGGAAUCUGACACUGCAAUUAAACAGUAACCAGACGUUGUAAGCCACUACUCAGUAUGCCACUGAGAGUACACAUCUUCUGGAAAAAAGAGAAACACAAUUCAAAAUAGAAAAUGCAUACAUCUGAUUACAAUAAAUAAAUAAAUACAUGAUGAAAUGGAGCUAAAGCUGUCUGAAAGGAGAGCACUGCUUUGAAAUCCUUGUUAGUUUGUGUUGUGAAUGCUCUGUUCAGCCUCUAUACCUCCCAGUAGAUGGUACACUCUGCCUGGCCUCGAGCUGUCCGUUUCUUGAGCUCUUAUUUUCUUAGUUAUUGCCCUGCCUCUCUCUCGUCACGGUUUGUCUUGAUGUCACAUGUACAGUUUAAUAAGACACUUUGUAAACUGCAGCGUCCGUCAUUGUGUUUAUACAGAACUAGUGUGUUUAAUUUUCCAAUAAAGAUACUAUAC